AUGUAUCUGCGAUGCUGGAAUAGAGCGGCAAGGCCAAUACGCGCAUCUUUGGUAUCCCAAGCCCGGCAUGCCUCGUCCGGUGCGCGAUCUCGAAUCCACGUUCCUCCGCCGUUUCCAAUAAUAGAGUCCUGUCCUUCACCGACAUGCGCAUGUCGUGCAGCCCCCAAAAAUCUAGACAUCGACCGAGAGGAGCCUCUCAAUGGGAAAAUGGCAGCGUACGCGGAGCAAGUCAUCGUCUCAACUGGGAGGGACGACUGGAGUAGCAGAAUAGAGGACGAGGAGCACCUUGCUAAGUCCUUAAAGGGCUUUUUAGGAAGAGGAGGAAAGUUCAGUGACCCAUUCCAUAAUGUGUUGGUCACGAACUCUUCUUUCCAACCCAGCACGUCUGCGCCCACCGAGACCUCCGUUUAUCUGCUCCCUAGCUUCCGCUAUAUCCCCUCAAUAUCCAUCGAGCCCAGCGUCGUAGAGACCUUUGUGAAGGGCUUUUUAAAACCGACCAAACUCCAUAGCGCACACAACGUUCUCUCAGAGACUCAGAAAGAGGUUCUCACAAGGGAUUCAGCACUGGAGACGCAGUUCGCGAAUGUCCGGGAUGUAAACGAAAUACUAGUUCUCAUAUGCGGUCAUGGUGGAAGAGACGAGCGAUGUGGCAUCAUGGGGCCGCUGCUCCGCUCCGAAUUUGAGGAGAAGUUACAAAAGAGGGGAAUCCGUAUUGGAUCACCACCGCUAGAAGACGGUCAGGAUACAAAGUCGGCACGAGUAGGCCUCAUCAGCCAUAUUGGCGGACAUAAAUUUGCCGGAAACGUGAUCAUCUAUAUACCUCCUUCGUUGCAAGGGAACACUUUAGCCGGGACUGGAAUAUGGUACGGCAGAGUUGCUCCAGAACAUGUUGAAGGCAUAGUAGACGAGACCAUCUUUGGUGGAAGGGUCAUUCGAGACAUGUUCCGAGGCGGCAUCAAACAAGGCGGGGAGCUUUUGAGGCUGUAAGACAGUGAAGACAGACAGAAGGUCACAUUGUAUGUACACUGGAGCGCUCCUCACUCACGCAAGGAGACUGUAAGAUACCGAAGACAGACAAAGGAUACUUUGUACAUUAGCACACUCCUCACUCAUAGAAUGAGGCUCAAUCAUACAUCG